UUAUUCAAUCAAACAUUUGACUAGCUUGACGUUCAACUUGAGAAAUGUCAACAAUGUCAGCAAAACAAUCAAUCUUUGAGAUGUAAGUACUUUGACUGUAACCAACGCGUCUAGAAUAUUUUAUGGGGCAACGAUUAGAGGAGUUGACUCGCGUGGAAGAGGAAAAGGUGUAAAGUGAUUCGGCAACUCUGUUGAACCAGAAAGUUCUCUAUACAACAUUGGCUAAUUGAACACCUUCUAUAACAACUCCACUAGAGGAUCAGCUUUUUUCGUUUCUCUGAUCAACAGAAGGCAGAAGAUGAAAGCAUGGAACAAGUUUUCUUUCAAUCAACUGAUAUACAAACAGAUAAUUCAAAUGCCUUUUGUAGCCUUUCAGAGUUAACGAAAACUUUUACCUAGAGGAAAUUUUCAGAAAAAAAGUCAUCUUUGCUGGAUAAUAUUAUCUCCUUUCUAUUUGUAUUCAUAAAUAUUGGUAUUGUAGGGACGUGCAUCCUUUGACUAUACUGAUACAGAGUCAAUACUUUAUAAUUUCUAUAUGCUAAUAAUAGGAAUACUAUUCAAAAAGCUAUCCUUUACAAGGGACAAAUUUUAUCCAAAGUAUCAGCUCGAUCUUUGCUCUUUAAAAUAUGACGAAAAGGAAGAAAGAUAUGAACAGAAAGGUCGGAGUGCUAAACUAACAGGUAAAUUUGAAAGCCCCCAAACUGGUCAAGUGCCUGGAUAUUCCAAUUCUUUCUGAAGUUGUCUCUGAAAAGUUCUACUCAGAUAGCUUAACUAACCGGAAUUUUCUAGUAGAAAUGAUAUAAAAAAUUACCUCAGCAAACAUAUAGAAUCCAACGCAAAAGUAUCCUUCAAAGAACACUCUUUGCAGAAUCCUUAGCUAAAUAAACCUUUCAGCUUCGGC